CCGUCCCCGGCCUCGCUCGGGGCCCCGGCUGCGGCGCGCGCGGGCGCCCGGCCUGCUACGGGCCAUGGGCGAAGCGGGCGCCGUGGGGCGCCGCCGGCCCUUCCCCGGGGCGCCGCGGCGGCGCUGGUGGCGGCGGCAGCAGCAGCAGCAGCGGCGGCGGCAGCGCUGGUGGCCGGGCCGCGGCGAGGGCGAGGGCGCCGGCCGCGCCGCCAUGGGCCUAGCUGGGCUGCAGGCAGGAAGAUGUGCAAGCCCCGCGCGGUGGAGGCGGCAGCGGCGGCGGUGGCGGCGGCGACGGCCCCGGGCCCGGAGAUGGUGGAGCAGAGGGGCCCGGGGAGGCCCCGCAGCGACGGGGAGAACGUGUUUGCUGGGCAGUCAAAGAUCUAUGCCUACAUGAGUCCGAACAAAUGCUCUGGAAUGCGCUCCCCUCUUCAGGAAGAGAACUCAGUUGCACAUCACGAAGUCAAAUGCCAGGGGAAGCCAUUAGCUGGGAUCUACAGGAAGCGAGAAGAGAAAAGGAAUGCCGGGCAUACGAUCCGAAGCUCCGCGAAGUCCGACGAGCAGAAGAUCAAAGACGCCAGGAAAGGUCCCCUGGCACCUUUUCCAAACCAAAAAUCUGAAGCAGCAGAACCUCCAAAAACUCCACCCCCAUCAUGUGAUCCUACCAAUACAGUGGUUGCCAAGCAGGCCCCGAAAAAGCCCCUGAAGGGCAAGCAGGCCCCUCGGAAAAAGUCUCAAGGGAAAGCACAGCAGAAUAGGAAACUCACUGAUUUCUACCCGGUGCGAAGGAGCUCCAGGAAGAGCAAGGCUGAGUUGCAGUCUGAAGAAAGGAAAAAAAUUGAUGAGCUGAUUGAGAGCGGGAAGGAAGAAGGCAUGAAGAUUGAUCUCAUUGAUGGAAAAGGCAGGGGUGUGAUUGCCACCAAGCAGUUCUCCCGGGGAGACUUCGUGGUCGAGUACCAUGGGGACCUCAUUGAGAUCACCGAUGCCAAGAAGCGGGAGGCUCUGUAUGCACAAGACCCCUCCACAGGCUGCUACAUGUACUAUUUUCAGUAUCUGAGCAAAACCUACUGCGUGGACGCCACUCGUGAAACAAACCGCCUGGGGAGGCUGAUCAAUCACAGUAAGUGUGGGAAUUGCCAGACCAAACUGCACGACAUCGAUGGCGUGCCUCACCUCAUCCUCAUCGCCUCCCGAGACAUCGCGGCUGGGGAGGAGCUCCUGUACGACUAUGGGGACCGCAGCAAGGCCUCCAUCGAGGCCUACCCUUGGCUGAAGCACUGACCAUGUGGCCACCCUGCCACCCUGCCUCCUUCAAAGGACAAAGUGCCCUCAAAGGGAAAUGAUUUUUUUUUUUUUUACACACACUUACUCUUAGCUAAAUCACUUCAAAUGUUUUUAAAAAGUAUAUUAAAGAUGCCUUUUCAUGUAGUAUUUAAAUAUCUGUUACAGGUUUCCAAGGUGGACUUGAACAGAUGGCCUUAUAUUACCAAAACUUUUAUAUUCUAGUUGUUUUUGUACCUUUUUGCAUACAAGUUGAACGUUUGUGCUUCCCGCCCGCGCAGUCUAAGACUCGGCACAGAUUUUAGAGAAUGGAGUCGAACAUGAACUAGGAAGCUGGGCUCUGCCCAAGAUGAAAGCCAGGACUCCCCCGCACCCCACGCACCCCACGUCCAAGGACAGGCGGGUGUGAGGGUGCUGCCACCCCCACCACAGCCUGGACAGGAUGUCUCCAAGCUCUUGUUCUCUUCAGCGUCUUGACAGGCGUACACAUUGACGUGUAUGGAUAUUUUUUAACAAACGCUUCGCAGUAAGCUAGUCUUCCCCUCUGCUUUCUCCAAAGCUUACUGAGCCCGAGGCUGGGAGGCCCAGCCGGGAACAGACAGACCUCUUCCACAGGCUCUCGGCUUUCCCAGGCACCUUGAAGCAUCAGGGUGGGCAGUCAGACCAGAGGCAGGCCGGGAAAAGCACUGUUCUCCUGCCCCAGCCGGGCAGGUCUUGAAACUGCAUUAAUUCUUUAUAGAAAUG